AAACAUUAAACAUCUUUGUUCCGCUGACUGACAACAUCUACAUCCGGGUAACUCUCCUGGUGACCUUCAUUAUCAUGGCGGCUAUUAUCAGGUUGGGUUCUGUGUGUCGUAGAGGAUUCAAACCUCUGUUCUACCAAAGCACUCUGUUGGCCAGGCCGCUGGUUGUACCACACAAAUACCAGGAGCAGUCCUACCAGCUGACCGCGAGGAUUCAUGCGUCCCAGGCUCUGUACGCGGGCUCCGGCUCCAAAGCCGCCUCUCUGCACUGGACAGCAGAGCGAGUGCUGAGCAUCAUGCUUCUGGCCAUGGGACCUGCAGCCUAUCUCAACCCCUGUCCUGUCAUUGACUACUCCUUGGCUGCUGCCCUGACCCUGCAUGGACACUGGGGUCUGGGACAGGUGGUUACAGACUACGUUCAUGGGGACACAAAGAUCAAGAUUGCCAAUGCAGGCCUCUUCCUCCUGUCCACGGUCACCUUCGCUGGUCUUUGCUUCUUCAACUACAACGACGUGGGAAUCUGCAAAGCCAUUGCACUGCUCUGGAGCAAAUAAAGAAUAAAUAUGGACUGGGAAGCUUGGGAGGACCUUGACACUGGGAUGUGAGCAAUCUCUCCCCGGCUAUUUGUAAAAGUUCAAGGUGUUCUAUGUAAAUUCUUAUCAAUACAUAAGGGUGUAAUCAAUGUCUAUCAAUUCAAGCGUGGUCAACUAAACAAAGUGACAUCCAUUUGCACAUCUUAGCUUCAGUUUGUGUUCAAUGUAGACUUUUAUUUAUUCUACAUCAGCCUGUAGGCCAGUUAACACAAAUGCCACGACCAAUUCUACAAAUAAGAGCUGUCAUGUAUCUUGGCAUGUGAUCGUUAUCUUUAAUGGGGACAUACGUGUUCAACAAGAUAGCUAUGACUUCUAUUAAGUCUUACAGAAUAGCGCAGUUUGACAUGUAGUUCAUUUUUCUUCCUGUUUAGGUCCUUUUUGUGGCCGAUUCCUUAAAUGUAUUUUAUUUCAAUCACAAUGUGUUACAUACUAACCUUUGCUCAUAAACCCAACCAAAAUACCCGGUUAGCACUACAGAUGGGAGCUGUAUUUGUAUGUAUGUUCACGUCCGUCUCCACACAAACCCCCGUGUACGAAGGAUCACAACAUCCCCCUAUUGUGUCUAUUAGAGCAGACUGCAAUUGCUUUUGUUGGCCUGUUUAAUCCAGGAAUGUUAAUUAAAUGGAAGGUAGGCGAGAUUUGAAGAGCAUCAGCAAUAAACCUACCUGUUCACGGCGGCAAAUGCAGUCUGGUAGCCUACAAGCUCUCGUCAGCCAACAGUGUAUAAUCCACAGCAGGGUCUGAAAUUAAAAGCUGUAAAAUAUCGUCCUCUGCCGAUAAAUGCUCAUUCCGACGGUAACAUCAACGCCUCUGUACCAUUAAGUUGUUUCAUGUAUACAUUCUAAACUUUCCUCUGUGUGAGUGAGCAAACGGCAAGAAAAAAAGGACACAUUUUGAAAAUAUCAAUUAAAAAAAAAAUAACAUUUAUUUAGGCCAUAUAUACAUUGACAGUUUUUUGUAAGUUUAUUACAUCUUGGCAAAAACUUCAAUUCAUUAUGGCUGGCCAAUUAAAACGGAUAUAUAACCUUGUAACAUUUAGUCCUCGCAUAUAAUUGGUAUACACACAGCCCUUGCAUGAAGCUAUUAAUACCAGUAUCGAUGUUUGUGCUCCAGGAAUGAGCAUUACAGGUUCCUUUAAUCGCUGUAAAUUCUGGAUUCAAUCUGUCACAAUGCUAAUGCAGUAAAUGUUUGAGAGCUUACAAA